AUGCUUUUAACAAAUAAAAAUAAUUUAAUUUUAUUUAUCACUUUAGUUUUAACAAUCUCUGGUUUCGUUCAAGCCAGUAAAAAAGGUACUACUUUUGGUAGCGAUACCUUCGGUGACCUUGCAAUUUGUAAUGAUAUCAAAGAUUUAAAUGUAUCAUGGUAUUAUAAUUGGGAUCUCAAACCAAAUUGUGUACAAAAUGCCAAUCUUAUCAGUAAUGUAAAAUUCUAUCCAACUAUUUGGGGUAAAAACAACUUAAACGAUACAGCCAAUAUUGCCAAAGCCGAUGUUUUAUUUACUUUUAACGAACCAAAUUUCAAAACACAAGCCAACCUAAGUCCAACAGAUGCAGCAGCAAAGUGGCCAGAUAUUCAAAAAUUGGGUUUCAAAAGCAUUGUUGGUCCAAGUGUAGCAGAUUGCCCAGAUAAUUCAGAUCCAAAUGGUGCCAAUUGCAAUUACGGUUCAGUCAAAUGGUACACUGAUUUCUUAAAUUCAUGCAAAGGAUGUCAAGUCGAUUAUGCCAAUAUUCACAUCUACUAUUGCGAUGCUGAUGAUGUUAUGAACAAAAUUACAAAUUUAAAUAAGGCUACUGGUAAAAAAGUUUGGUUAACCGAGUUUAAUUGCGAAGGUGGUAAAACCGAUCAAGAUAUUCUUAAAUACGCACAAAAAUUACUUCCAUUAUUAGAAGCUUCGGAUAUUGUCGCAGGUUAUUCAUGGUUCCUUCCAUUCUAUACUCAAGGAAAUAUAAACAGUUUAUAUUUAAAUCAAAACGGAAAAGGUGAUCUUUCAUCAAUUGGUAAAUAUUAUGCCAGUGUAUAUGGUCCAUCAACCAAUUCAUCAGAUACCAGUUCAAGUCAAUCCGCUUCAGGCUCUUCAGGAUCUUCAAGUUCAGUUGAUUCCGCUGCUACUAAAUCAAAUGUAUCAAUCUUUUUAUUAUCAUUAAUUUUAUUAUCUUUAUUAUUAUAA